AGUUUUGUAUCGUUUCCGUAUACCACCGUGCACUGGCCUCUAUUGUUGAAUGGAUGUUUUACCUGGUUUUAUUCUCACAGGAGAGUUUCUCCUCGCUCUCCUCCUGGCUGUAUACCUCCUGUACGUUUACUCUGACAUCAGGCGGCAGAAUCCAGUCGUUACAGGCUCUACACUGUUGAUAUGGUUCCUCUCCUUUGUCAUAAUAUUCCUAUUGCCAGUGGACGUGUCUUCAGCCUUUUUCAGACUAUGCUUAGAUCCAGGAGGUUCUACUUCAAGAGCUUACAAUUUUACUGAUGGCGUCUCAGAACCUUGCUCCACUCUUUAUUGUACUGGAAAGUAUACUUUCGAUCGUAACUCAAACUUCACUGGAGUCUGCGAGUCGAGACAAGAGGAGUGCUUCCUUCCUUAUUCCUUUAUUUGUAAACUACCACUCGAGGUUUUGUGGUAUCUCAUUUACUGGCUCUUCUUCCUUCUGUCAUGGAUUAUUCUACCAUUGAUCCAGUCAUAUGUACUGGCUGGUUAUUUUACAGUUUGGAAGAAACUAUUACGAGCUUUAAUAGAGAAUGCUAUAUUCUAUAUAUCCCUCCUGGUCAUUGUAGUGAUACUCUUCAUCUAUGUAGUACUAGUGAAGAAACUAAUAGCACUUACUGAGCUACCAUACAUCAUUGCCACUGCUUCCAAUACAUGGGGUCUGAUAAUAUUAGCGUUUCUGUUAGGAUACGGCCUUGUGGAGGUCCCCAGGAGUCUCUUCAACGCCUCCAGACACAACUACACGCUCAACCACUGCUACUUCAGGGCAGCUAAACUUUACAUUGACAUGGCAGAAUCUAAUGAAACUCUACAAGAAUUGACUGAAGUAUGUGGAGUGUGUUAUUUGGAUCUAAUAAUUAAGAAAUUCCCGUCAGACACUCAGUCAAAUUUCAGUCGUGGUCAUGAUGAUUAUGAGGACUACACUCCGAGUGAAGACGCCCUCUCUAAGAGUUCUUUAGAGAAACUUUAUAAGAAAGUAACGAAAGCUAUUCGGCUCUCAAACUCAACCAAAAUUCAAUGGAGUUCCCUUGCUGAGCAAACUCUUGAUUUGGAGGACAUUGAGACUAAUAAAGGCUCUGGUAGCAGAAUAUUCAAAUCUUCAGUCAGAGGAAAAAAGAAAUUCUUUGAUCAUCCAUUCAUUCGCAGUAUAGAAUGGUUUUGGAAGGUUGUAUUCAAGCGAUGGGUCUACAUAGCUAUUGGAAUCCUCCUCUCUUUUCUCUCCUUAUGUAUCGUCUGGUCCCAGGUCGUGUUCUCUCUCCCUCGAUUCUCAAUAUUUGCACUGUUAGUGUACGCCAGCCAUCAGAUGGGAAGAUACAGUGCUAUUGAGAUUCUCUCUGUGCUGGUGGUAGCGUAUCUCAGUUUCUGUGCCUACUAUACAGUUUUUAAGAUCAGGAUUUUUAAUCUGUACUUCCUCUCCCCUCAACACAAUACUGACGAAUAUUCACUACUUUUUAGUGCAGUUCUCUUAAGUCGUUUGGCUCUCCCCAUCUGUCUCAAUUACCUCUACAUUAUUCAAGUCGUUAGACUAGAACACCACGAAGAAGACGACCAAAUCCCUACCACAGCUUUUGCAGAAGCAACAGGUAAUACGCAGCUGAUACCCUGGCUGACCAGUUAUGCUUACUGGAUGUACCCAGUAUUGAUACUGCUCGUUUGUAUAGCAACUCUGUUUUCACUGGGUAGUAGAUUAGCGUCUUUGCUCGGGUAUCAAAAGUUUAUGGGUGAAGACGAUUUCUCUGCAGAUUAUAUUGACGAGGGGAAAGCACUCAUGAAAAGAGAGAGAAGACUUCGGGAGAAAAGUGUGAGAGAAUGUGGGCGUGUCCUUAACAAGCAGUUGCAUGAAGAGCGUCUAUCAGAGAUAUCAAGUGAGGAUAAAGACACUAUGAAAAAAUGGAGGGAGCACCGAACCAAACGAAUAAACUCCCUCGAAGAAGAGGAAGGUCAUAUCGACAGGUUGUGGGGUAAAGCAAAAGGUUUUGCUUCUCGUAAGAAAGUAUAUCUACCUAAAGCAAGGUUUAAAUCAACCGGAGGUGGGCGGAGCCAAGACGGCGAAGACGAUGGAGACACGUUGGAGCUAUUGGAGGAGAUACCGGCAUCAAGGAAUGGCUAUCGGAAUACUGGUGGGGGUGGGACGGGCAUUAAUAGGAAUAAGGGGAUUUUUGAUGACUUGUGAGUGGGCGUGGAUGGUGUGCAACAAUUAACAAUAUUUAUUAUUUUACAAAUCUGCAUAUAAUCAACUGUUUUAAUUACAAUAAAAGUGAGUAUGAUUUUUGAGUCAAUAAAUUUAAAUUUUA